AUGGACGAGACAGCAGACCUGAGUCGGCGCGAACAGGCAUCGAUUUGCGUCAGGUACGUGACACCCGACCUGGAGGUGUUCGAAGAUUUCCUUGGCCUCUAUGAACUGCCCGACACGAAAGCGGCUACGCUUCAUAAAGUCGUCUGUGACGUAGUGACGCGCUGUCAGCUGGAUAUGGACAAGUUGCGGGCACAGUGCUAUGAUGGAGCGGCAAACAUGUCCGGCGCUUUCAGUGGUCUCCAGGCCCUCAUUAAAGCUGAUCAACCAAAGGCGCUCUUCGUUCACUGUGCAGCCCACCGCAUGAAUCUUGUGGUUCAGGACUCGUUUGCCGAAGUGAGUGAACUUCGUGACGGUCUGCACGAGCUGGGUCGGAUGGUCGAAUACCUGCGCGACUCACCCAAGCGGCUGGCGGCCUUCUCGGCAAAGGACGGCGCGACGGCUCUGCGGCCGUUGUGCCCGACGCGAUGGACUUGCCGUGACGCGUGUGUGCGAUCAGUUCUGAACAACUAUGUCACGAUCAUGGAGUUCCUAAUCGAACUAGCCAGUGACCGCGAAUCCCGGCCAGAGGCUCGGAGCACGGCGAGCGGUUUUGCGAGAAGCAUGUCAUGCUUUCGCUUCUACUUCGCGGCUUCACUCGCGCUGAAGCUCCUGGACCUAGUCACUCCAGUGACCAGAGCCGUACAGGGGCCGAAACUCAGCCUGCAGCAGACACUGUCUAUGGUCGGCACUCUGGAGACAACGUUGGAGGCGCAACGUGACAACUUCGAUCGGUUCUGGUGCCAGGUCACUGAUGCUGCCACAGAAGCAGGUGUGGAGGAGCCAGUCCUACCCCGAGCCACGAGACCUCCAAAGAGGCUGGACGAGGGGAGCACGCCACACAGACAUCAAACCGCCAAGGACCUCUAUCGGCAGGUUUUUUACCAGGGCGUAGAUGCAGUCCGCACGUCGCUUAACGAGCGUUUCAAGAUCAGCACUGAUGCGGCUACCUUAGCAAACGCAGAGCGAUGCCUGGUGGCACCUGAAGAUGGAGAGUUCAUCAACGACACUGCGACAUUCUUUGACUUAAAUCCGGCGCGACUUCGAACCCAUGUGGAAACUCUUCAGGACUAUGCCCAUACGCGCGGCAUCGAACUGAGCUGCCUACAGGACGUGAGGGAACUCCUGAUUUCGGACGUAAGUGCUAGGACGAUCAUGACAGAAGUGGUUCAACUGGUAAAGAUGCUGCUCACUGCGCCGGCUACCUCGUGCAGCGCAGAGCGCAGUUUCUCACUCCUGCGCAGGAUCAAAACGUGGCUCCGAACGACCAUGAGCCAGCGGCGUCUAAACGCCACGGCUGUCUGUGCGGCCUAUCCCGAUGAGGUUGAGUCGGCCGAUGUCGCACAGCUGGCCAGGGUGUUCAUCAGCCAGAAACCAGUCCGGGGCCAGCGUUUCAUGGUGUAG